UACAGCCUGAGUACCUGUACAUCCUCUUGUAGAUAUCAGAUGUGUGCAGACAGAAGCUGCACAUUUCCUGACUGUGGUGAAGCUUCAUCAUGUGGGAGGUUUUGAUAAGUUCUGCUGAGAAACAGGAUGUGAAGCACAAAUGUGUUCACGGGAAACGACAACGACUGAGUGGAAAUCAGAGAGUGGGUGAAGCAGUCACAUCUGACAGUUGAUGUGUUCAACCUGGACUCCAGCUCCUUGUGGGUUCCCUCGUCGUGUCCUUUCCUUUUUAGAUGGUCAACGUCAGCCUGAGAAGGUCUGAAGGAUGGACUCAGCUCAGAACCUUCAAGAUCAGAUCUCGUCUCUGUUGAAACCUCACAGAGUGUGUGUAGUGACUCCAGUCGUCCUUAAACCAUCCAUAUGUCACGGAGGCCGAUCCAUCAACAGGUUCAUGGUCCUGAGUCUGUGGAGGGGUUACCUAGUUUUAAAUGAGCAUCCAAUCAGGGUGGAGAGUACGUUCAGUUACCUGGAGAUCUGCUCCAUCCACAUCCACAGCCUAACACAGGUCGUGUUGGAGACAGACAGACAGACACUGUCCUUCAGUGUCCUUCAUGCUGAGGACCUGGAGGCCAUGGUCAGUCACAUGACAGCCUCUCUGAAGAGGAUCUUCCCCGAUUCGUCUCCUGGGAAGCUGCUGAAGACGAUGCCUUGUGACCUACAGCAGAGACUCCAGACUCUGACCAGCGUCAUAGAGAAGCAGAUGAACGCUCAGCUGGGAUCCUGUGGAGGAUUCUCUGAUACGUACGCUGCUUUGUGUGACUUCAAUGAGAUGCCCUUUAGAGAGGACAUUCAAUGGGACGUGGACAAUAUUUACUACGUACACAAAUGGACAUGUUUCAACCUGCAGGACUUCAGUCACCUGGACAACAGAGACUUGGCCUUAGCAGUAGCAGCUCUGUCCUUCAACCACUGGUUCACUAAACUCUACUGCAGAGAACUCAAACUGUCAGUGGAAGUCCAACAGCAGAUCAUCUUCCUCCUGUCCAGAUCUCCCAGUCUGGAGGAACUGUCUCUGGAGGCCAGUGGACUCAAAUCGGACUUUGUGGUUAAAAUGGCGGCGUCUCUGCGGGACCACCCGUCCUCCACCCUUCACUCCAUCAACCUGUCGGCCAAUCAGAUCGAAGACAAAGGUGUUUUAGCGCUCAGUCAGGAGUUGGACAAUCUGUGUGAAGGACUCCGACUCUUGUCACUGUCCCGGGUGUCGAUGAGCGCUAAAGGUCUGGGGGGUCUCAGUCAGACCCUGUCCUCCAGUCCAGUGUUGUCCCAGUCCCUGACCCACCUGGAUCUGUCUGGAAACCCCGGCAGCCUGGUGACGGAGGAUGCCACGUUCCUCUUUAAGUUCUUGUCGUCUGCUCAUUCUCUGGUUCAUCUGGACCUCAGUGACACCAACUGUCCCCUGGACACGUUGUUUGUGUCACUGUCGGCUGGAUGCUGCUGUAAACUGAAACACCUGAACCUGGCCCGGAACCCGUUCAGCCACAGGAAGGUUCGUGAGGUGACCAGGAGCAUCCGGGAGUUCUUCAGUCAGAGUUCUGAACUCCAGUACGUUGGACUGUCUGCAACUAAACUACCUCCACAAGCCCUCAGAUUACUGCUGCAGGGUUUGGCCUCCAACAGUCGUCUGUGUGGACUGAGUCUGGACAUCAGCAGCUGUGAGUUGCGUUCUGCUGGAGCCCAGGUCAUACAGGAACACAUGUGUGAAGCCACGGCCGUCACUAGUCUGGACGUCUCUGACAACGGUUUUGAGAACGACAUGGUGACUCUGGUUUUAUCUAUUGGACAAUGCCAUUCUCUUCGACAUCUGGCUUUGGGGAGAAACUUUGCCAUGAAAUCCAGGCCUCUGACUGAUGUUCUUCAUCGUAUCGCUCAACUCAUUCAGGACGGAGACUGUCCGUUACAGUCUUUGUCGGUGGAGGACUCAAAGCUGAAGACCGGCAUCCACAUCCUGCUCAGUGCUCUAGGAGGCCACGCCCCUCUGGCUCAUCUGGACAUCAGUGGAAACAACAUCGGAGACACCGGAGCCAAGAUGGUGGCCAAAGCCCUGAUGAGCAACAGCAGACUGAGGACUCUGACCUGGGACAGGAACAAUGUGACGUUCAGGGGUUACCAGGAUGUGGCCGACGCUCUGGAAAGGAACUACAACCUAUUGCAGGUGCCCCUCCCACUGGCUGAUGUCACUCAGAGUUACCGUAGUAGCCCCGACAGAACCAAAGAGGCGCUACACAAGAUUCAACAGUGUUUGGACAGAAACAACCAGAGACAGUCUGACAGAGUGGACCCACAGGACAUAUUCAGGACUCAGUCAUCUGAAAAGUUGGUUCAGGGUCUGUGUCGACAGCUGGAGGACGGACUUCAACGUCUGAGACGCUGCAGCAUCGACGACGUCCAGGCCCACAUCGCAGCUGCACAGGAGGUUCUGCACAACGCCAAGGAGUCUAUGAAGCUGCUGCCGUCUCUGGAUGAGGCCUGCUCAACGUGGCCUCCUGAUGGCGGCUUUGUGAAGCACAUCCUGGCUGAUGCUGCUGCUGCACUGGCCAAUGAAUUCACCAGGAGCCUUCAGGGUCUGACACAGGACCUGAUGACAUGUGCAGAAGGUCAGUGUCCACGGGCGGUUCAGAGGUCCAGUGUGUUCCAGUGUUUGUCUGAAGCUUUGACCAAACGUAGUAAACAGGCUGAGAUGUUCCUGAAGAGGACGUUAGUGGAGACGACAGGUCAGAUCAUCAGCAACAAACUACGUGAUCUCAGACAGACCAUAAGUGCUUCUCUCGGUGAAAGCAUCGUAGAUCUUCUCCUUCAGGAUCUGGAAAUGGCACAGAAUAAAAUUGAUUUCCUUAUAAAAGAGAAUUCAUGCAACGCUUUGCGAACCAACAUCCCAGAACUCCGACUGAGUGACAGCGACUUCCCCACCGACGACUACAGUCCAGCAUUUUGGAGAAACAGUUUCCACUCAAAGACUCUGAGACCAGCACCUUCCAUUAAAAGUCUCCUGGAAGUAGACUGGGACAGAGGAGGAGGAGCAGGAGGAGUACUAGGAGGAGCAGGAGGAGGGGGAGGAGGAGGAAGGUGUGGCCUCCCCCAGUCGUCAACAGCAACCCCCUUGUCAGUCACGGCCUCAAGCCCCUCCCCUUCCCCUUCCCCUUCCACUUCCCCGUCCCCCUCCCCCCCGGGACAGAGGGUGGGGGGGAGGAGGCGGAGGCAGGGGGAGGUGGUGGCAGUGGAUGCUGCAGCAGCGGCAGCAUCGAUAUCAGGAGCGAGAGGAGCAUCGUUGAUUCCUCCUCCGCCCGCUCUCCCCCUCCUUGACUCCAUCCACACUCCAGCUGCCCAGGAGGAGGCCGCCGGCCGCGGAGGCUCCCCCCGACCACAGGCUCCCUUCCCCGGCCGCAGCCCUAGCACAGGCCCCCUCCCCGACUCCGGACCCCCCGCUUCUCCCAUGGAGCCUCUACCCACCCAGGGACAGACUCUACGGCACUACACCGCCUCCCGACCACGGCCGCGACGCACACAUUCACAGCCCCCCUCCUCCAGAACCCAGGAGCCGGUGUUGAAGGCAGAGAAUGAGGCCAGUGAAGGGAUGGGUAGAGUGGACGAAGGAGUAGAGGAGUUCUUCACCAAGAAGAUCAUCCCAGACUAUGCACUAAAAGGCCGGUGGGAGGAGUCAAACCCUGCCCAAGCCACUCCCUCAGAGUCAAGCUCCACCCCCUCAGCCUCAACCCCCUUUUCCUCCUCCUCUGACAAUAUCACCAUCUCCUCCACCAGCACCACCGUCACCUCCCCCUCCGCCCCACCCACCGACACAUGCUUCACCUCCACUGACGCCCCCCUCCUCUCCACAUCCUCCACUCCCCCCGCCUCCUCCUCCUCCAUCACCACCUCCUCCACCUCCAUUCCCACCAAAAACAUCAAGAAAAAGUUUGGCGACUUCUUUGCCUUCAAGAGGGCUCGCGCCGGCCGAGCCGCCAAAGCAGGAGGGGGUGAGGGAGGAGGAGGAGGCGGGGAGGCGGUGAAGGUCAAAAGGACCUCCAUCGCAGAUCUGAUCCGGCCCCUCCGAGAGGCCAAAGAAAGGGAGAGGGAGAGGGAGAGGGACAAGGAGAGGGAGAAGGAAAGAGGGCCCAGGGCAGUGGACGAUGCUAACGUUUGUAAUGAUGCCGCCACCACAGAAGGAACCGCUGCCCCCAGCCGUCUUACAGGCGACGUGAGAGCCAUGGCGCCUGCCAAGACAUUAACCACGACGACACCUUCCAGUGAGGCCACGCCCCCCCAUCCCGCCACCUCCUCAACCCCCGAACCCGCCGCCGCUGCUGCACACACCGGCCUCCAGGAAGAGACAGUGAGCUCACUUCCUGUCUUACCUGGCCCCGCCCCCAGCCCCGCCCCCUGCCCGGCGGUCACCUCUCCUGUGAAUGAACAGGAGAGGAUGAUGAUGGAGAUGAAGGUGGGCGGGACUCCGUUUGGUGAGAGGAGACUGAAGGUGACCAAGAGGUCGCUGAGGGAGGGGAAGAGCCAGAGUCUGAUCCUGUUGACGGGGUUGGAGCCCGACGACAAGACUUUCACACAGAAACAUGCAUCAGAGAACACACCCAGCUUCGAGCAAAGGCUUCAGGUGAUGCUGCACAGAAUGGGCGUGGCUAAAACUCCACCUGCCGACACCAAGAUGACUCAGAAUAAAGACGAGGAGCUGAGAAAAGCCAACUCUGAAGGUGCGAUCCUGGACAAACCUGAACCACCUCCUACGUACAUGAAGCCCAGAACCAUGUCCACGUCAUCAGCCGACCCCAGGCAUCCAAUCAGAACUAGUGACCCCAUCCGACCGGAGCCCCCCCUCUAUCCGAAGCCCGCCCUCCCAGAGCGGCCUGUCGGACCUCUGCCGCCCAAACCCGCCAUCGCCGCCAAGCCCCACCUCCCCACCCCCGCCACUCCAGCAGGUGCAGGAGCAGGAAUCCGUCCUUCAUCGGCCCCACCCUCUACCCGACCGGAUGACGGCCCACCCCAGAUUGAAAUCCCAGAGGCCUCCAGGGGCCCCACCUCGGUUUCGUCUCCCAGGAAAGAGCCUCUUCCUCUAGCUCCGUCUCCAUGGAGGGUUCCCACGGCAACGGACCGCUCCGAGAAAGCACAAUCAGUGACCGAUGAGAGUCUUCCUAAACCUCGACACCACAUGAAGCCCCUCCCACAACGCCGAGCUGUGUCGGUGCACGAGGACGCUUUCGCCAUGACACAAGAGUUGAAGGCGGUGCUACAGAGGUCACCCAUCCGUUUCCGUGGCAACAGAGGAGACCUGCCCACUUGCACUGAAGAUCCGUCCAGUGGAGAGGAAGCACAACGGCCUAAGGAGGAACCAGGGGAACCGAAGGGGUCUGGAAUCAGGGAGGAUCUGAAACCCGACAGAGUCAGGAUGAGCAGUGGAUCUGAACCCAAGCCCUUAUGUCCACCAGAGGAGGAAGUCCUGGGCUCCCGGGCUCCGUCCUCUACGCCUCAGGAUCAAACAGACCCCCCCACCGUGGACACGCCCCCAGCACCACCCCGAACCACAGACAAACCUCCACCCACACCCACCCCCCAAGAAAAGAGCUCAAGCACAGCGUUGGAAACCUUACAGAUUACACCUCUGUCCCAAACCCCCCCCUGCACAAGCCCCGCCCCACCCCAAACCCUGCAAAACCCCCAGGUCAGUCCUCAAGACAAGAAGAAGAGCCCCGGCACAGCCCCGCCCACAGUAGGCAUGGUCAACAGCACACAGGAAGAAGGGGGGGUGGGUUCUAGACAGCACACGGAGAAGGAAGAACCAGCAGACCAAAGAACUGAGUCCCCCAUCUCUGAAUAGGACUGAGGAGACCAGGAGAAGGGUCUGGGACACCACUGGAACCUGGGAGGGGUCAGGGGGUCUGAAACAUCCAAGAACCCCCACUUCCACACAAACCUCCCUCAACACUGAGACCAUGGUGUCCUGCUGAAGUGUCCUUAAGCAAGGCACUGACCCCGUACCUGAGGGUAGUCCAGUAGGAGACAGAUGAAGACAGGAUGGACUCACCAGAACCUUUUCCACCAACAUUCACAGGAACUUUUAUUUCCUGGUAAAUGAAUUCCUGUUCGUCUGUGGUUUGUGUUUCUGUUCCAUUUAUUCAGUUCAGACUCGGUCGUUUCCUGCUCUGUUUCUUUUGAUGGUUUUGUGUAAAUCUGUUGUUGUUUGGUCCAGGUUUAUUAUCCACAGUGGAUUCACAUGGACACACAUUAUUACAAUGGCCACUAGAGGGAGACAAAUACAGGUCAAUUGGACAAUGACGUCAUCCCCCUGUCGAAGUUUUUCUUCUUUUCUUCCAUUUGACAAAUGAUCCAAACACAAACCAAGUGAAUCUGGUGUAAAUGGAACGAACCAGUUUACAGACGCCACUGGAUUAAACAUGGAGGAGAACGCUGACAGUGGGUUCCACCAAUCAGAGUUGUUCAACACAGAGCCCCGCCCACAAGAAUUACAAGAAUGUGAAAAGUCUGAUCCCCCUAUCAGGAACUUUAACCAGGGAAAGUUUAGGGUUGAGGGGAAGUUUUUUACCGGGUAAUGUUGAAGUUUUUCAAAAAGGGUCCGAUUUAAGACCCUGACCCUAACCCUGGUCCCACUGAUAUUCAUAUUUUAUAGAAUCAUUGUCUGCAUUUCAGCUUCUGGUUCAUGUUCCACUGCAGCCACCAGAGGACAUGGACACGUUCUGGCUUCAAAAACUAAGACUAAGUCUCAGUCUCAAUUCACCCCUUGGCCCCUCCCCUUUGGCCCUUGCACUUGGCACUAUCCCUUGAAAUGGUGUUGCAAGGGGUAGGGGUUGAAACAUUCGCCUAUGAAAUG